AUGCUAUGGCUGAUCGUUGUCGUCAUCGCCUUCCUGCGCGCACUGUAUGCUGAUAGAUCCAGCAAUGAUCGGAUCAGCCCCAGUGAUGUGGUAUUGAUCUGUCCCUAUAAGGAACAGGUCAAGCGCGUCAAUCAACGCUUCGCCCAGGAAGGCGUCAAAUACGACCAGUGUUUGACCAUCGACGGAUCCCAGGGUCAGGAGGCCAAUGUGAUCAUAUUCAUAUUGAUUAACCCUCGUACCAGUCGCAAGAGCGAGGUUGGCGUUCUUGCCAGCUACCAACGAUUGAACGUGGCGCUUACCCGCGCGAAGAAGUUGCUCAUUGUCGUUGCGAAUCUCGAGAUUUGGAACAAGCGAUGGGCAGAGGCUGCCAAAAACAGCUCCACUCGCUACCUGACGUGUCGAUGGAACCCAAAAGCCGAAGGCCAUCGUCUCCCUAUCAGCUUCUUCCAUGCGCAAAGCUCCCUCGGCGCCCCAACCUGCUGCUUCACCGCGCAAAGCAUCCCCCUUACCCGCUCACCGGCCUCGCCACGCAACGUGGAACAAAGCGGGGCCGUUGAUGUUGCCCCAGAUUCCAAGGUAAUCGGUGGAGAGGUCGUUCAGAUAACCUCGUCCCUGGAGCAGUUGAAGCUGGAUCGGGAGGCCUUGGAGGCUGAACAGGUUGUCAUGAAUGAGAGGUGGGCGAUGCUGGACGCCAUGCUGGCCAAAUGGAAUGCUGAGCAGGACGACUUGAGGGCCAGAUGCGCGAGGGUAGAUGCGGCUAUCUCUAAUCUUGAGUUGGGGAACGACCUUGACUAG